GUACUUCACCCCUUUACAUCAUUUAUUGCCUUUCUCGUCACUAUAAAAGGCUCGAAAAUUUCAAAUUUAUCACACUCUCAUUCAAGUCGAUUGGUUGAGUUCACCAUGCAUAUCUACGUUAUAAGUCUAGGUAUUCUUCUCUUAGGAGUGGUUUCUGCAAUCGAUGAGACCUUAAACACUAAAUCUGCCGAUGAAAAAGCCGAUAAACCAGAUCAGUCUAUCGCAGAAAGUGCGUAUUACGGUCAACAUCAUCCUGUAGGAUAUGGAAAUUAUCCAUACCAUCACACUCCGUCCCUCGGGGUUCAUAGCGAAAUAGCUUAUGCAAAUCAUAAGCCUAUGUACAACGGAUAUUACUACAAAGCACCGGUUCUCGAAUACUUCAAGAAACCCUAUCAUCACGCCGAUGGUUUUGCAUCCCAUUUAUUAAAACCAUUGAUGGGAAAUCAUGGUCAUCACUAUGAUUACGACGGUUAUAAUCAUGUACCUCACCAUGGAAAAUUUGAUGAGAUACCUGUUUUAAAAACCUAUGCAUAAAUAUAUUUAAAUGUAUGAUUUGCAGAAAAGCAGAAUGAAUACCUGUUUAUGGCGGGAUAUGCAAAAAUCUGCAACUGUUGCAAAAAAAUUUGUAAUAUUUGUAAAGUAUGGAAAUUAAAAAGUUUAUAACUUA